GGGAAGAUGCCGGCGGAGCGCAGCUCCUGGAGCGGUCUCAGCACCCUGCAGAAAGCCGCCGUGCUCCUGGGGGUCCCGGCCGCUGCCGUUGUCUGCUACAUCCUCUACCGCCGGUACCGGGAGAGCCGAGAGGAGCAUCUGCCCUUCGUGGGGGAGGAGGAGCUGGAAAUGGAGGUGAGGGUGCCCCAGGCUGUCACCAAAUCCAUCAUCGGGCGGCGAGGAGUCACCAUCAAAAAGCUGAGACGAGAAACUGGAGCCUGCAUCGAGGUGGAGAGCCAGGAAGAGGGGGAGGACACAGUGCUGCUGCUCUCGGGCUCCCCUGAGCAGGUCGCCAAGGCCAAAGCCAGCAUCCAGCAGAUUGUGGAGGAGAGCAGGCCGGUGUCAGAGCAGCUCUGCGUGCCCCAGAGAGCUGUUGGCAGGAUCAUUGGCCGUGGUGGUGAGACCGUGAGGGGCAUCUGCCGCAGCUCCGGGGCCAGCGUGCAGUGCGAGCGCGAGGCCCAGGCUGGCGUCGCCCCUGUGCGCCACAUCCAGCUCCUGGGCACCCGCAGCCAGGUGGCAGCUGCCAAGAAACUGAUCCUGGAGAAGCUGGUGGAGGACGAAGCCUUCCGGCAGGAGCUGGCACAGGCGGCAGCCAGCCGCUGCCAGCGCAAGCAGCCCCUGGGCGGCCAGCGGCAGCCGGAGCCGCUCUGGGACCGGGCGCUGGAGGCAGAAGAGGAGGCAAAGGAGGGCAGCUUGUCCUGGGGCGAGCAGCAGCUCCUGGACCAGGCUGCUGUUGAGGAGGCAGAGGAUGGCAGUGAGGAGCUGCCGGCUCCUGGUGUGGCAGUGCCAAGAUUUGAGGUGCCCAGCCCAGACUUCAGCUUCCAGGCCGACGAGCACCUGGAGGUCUACGUCUCAGCUGCAGAGAACCCAAACCACUUCUGGGUGCAGCUGGUUGGGCAGCGCAGCCUGGAGCUGGACAAGCUGGCAGCUGAGAUGAGCCAGCACUACCAGAGCUGUGCUGGGCACAUGGCAGAGCUCCUGGAUGUCCAAGCUGGGGACAUUGUGGCUGCUCCAUACCAGGAUGGCAGCAGCUGGUACCGUGCCCGUGUGCUGGGCACCCUGGAGAAUGGCAACUUUGACCUCUACUAUGUGGACUUUGGGGACAAUGGGGAGGCUCCUCGUGAGGCACUGCGAGCCCUGAGGAGUGACUUCCUGAGCCUGCCCUUCCAGGCCAUCGAGUGCAGCCUGGCCGGGGUGGCACCCGCUGGGGACGAGUGGGAGGAGGUGGCCCUGGACACCUUUGACCAACUCGCCCACUGUGCCCUCUGGAAGCCACUGGUGGCCAAAAUCUCCAGUUAUGCCCACUCCAGGCUGGGCACCUGGCCCAACAUUCAUCUCUAUGACCCCCAGGAUGGGCAGAACCUGGACAUCGGUGCCGAGCUGGUGCGGCUGGGCCACGCUGUGCCCGUGCCCUGUGCCCAGGAAGAGGACAGCAGGGCACUGGGGAGCAGCCCAGGCGUGGAGACCACAGCAGAGACAGCGACAGUGCCACCAGUAAUGCCCAACGCAGAGGCGCUCCAGGUGAUGCCACCCUGA